AUGGAUGUCCAGAUGUCCAGCUGUCUUAUGUGUGUGUGUCUUCUUCCAGGCCUGUUUCUACUCGUGCCUGUCCUCAUGGCUCCUAGCCCGUCCAGCCUGUGUACUCUGAAGACCCUCAACGACAGCCUGGGCCACAGGAGACGCUUCAUGAAACACAACUUCCCCAUUAACUACACCAUCAGGGUUCACUAUGAGGAGGUCUUCAAACUGUCCAACAUCAACAGAAUGAGGUUAAACAUAGAAGACCUGGAUGAGCUGGUUCUCCAGAGGUUGUGGUUCCAGGUCAACCAAGGAGUGUUAAAAAAGAUCCUCCGGGUGAUGUCCGAGCGACACCCUUCGCGUCCGUACACUGCAGAGUUGGAGCGACGCUUGCAGGAUGCUGAGGGUUUUGUCCAGUCACAUCCUGACGAGGCGUUCCAGCAGGAGCUUCCAGACGCCGUGCAGGACAUUUGGGAUCGUUUAACGGAAGAGCCCGACAAAGUGCCAGAGUCCAGCUGGAGAUUUGUUUCUCCAAAAUCCCUUCUGGAUAACUUCUGCCGCACCAUGCACUGCCUCUUCAGCAAGUGUUUCUCCGGUUCAGAAGGAGAACAGGACUAUUGCAGUGUGUCCCAUUGGAGGAAAGGCAGGAAGAACACUCAAAGCCUCAAAGCUGAGACGAAGCCAGUGUCGUCAGGUCGUCCCUGUUCGUCUACCGAUUAGGGAUUGAUGCGGUAAAACUCCUUGAGCUACAGGGAGAGGGUCUAAAAUGACAAUCCACACUGAAACUAAAGACGUUCAGUCCUGUUUGUGAACAUUAAUAAGUCUUUCCCCGAAGAAAAAGAGACCCAAGACUGUCUGGAUGAUAUGACAAAGACAAAGACCCCCCCAACAGAAUAUGCAGACGACUCCUCAUUCUUCGCUUUCCGUCACUCGCCGAGAAGGUCGGGGUGUUUUUUUCCUGAUCGCCUUUCACACUUUGGAACAGAUUUGUACAUGUUCACAUCCGUAUAUCAACUAAAUUGACGUAUAAUCCUAUUAUAAAGUGGAGUUUUUGGACUGAAGCUGCUUAGCGAAUGAUUCGUCUGGAGCGAGGACGUGGCCUUUGUGUGGAAAACCUGCGAAGAAGAGCUCCGGUGGACGUGCACGGUUCACUUCAGAGACCAUGAGAAACUCCAUGGAAAUGCUCUGUUGAACAACUUCAGUAUCCAGCUGACUGAAACUGGUACUGUAGCCGAAAGUACGGAGCUACAGGCGAACGUAUUGUACUGGAAGUGAACUUCAAGCCUAAAGCCAAAACCAAUAACUGCUGUCUCCUCCGUUCACGUUGGUUCACUUACGCUCUAUUCCAUGGACGGGAUUUCUGUUUCUAUGUUUUUUAAUGCACAAAGAAAAAGAAAGUAGGACCUGGACAAAUUCAACUCCUUCAAUCAGCAAGAAUCAGCUCAGGCGACUAUUGAGCAUUUAUCAGCUUUACAUUAAUGAAAAGACACUGUUUUAUAUUCACCAUAUGGACAAAAGUAUUGGGACAUGUUAUAUUCAGGUGUUUUGGGUCUGGGGUAGAAAACAAUAAUGACAAAAUAAAAGAAAUAUUGAUGUUUUUGUCUCAAAUCUUCAUGAACAGGACAUUUUACAGCUGUAGACAUGAUGUGUCCCAAUAUUUAUGUCCAUAUAGUUUAUGAACAUCAAUACUUUCUUCACAUUUAAUGGGAGACUUUUCAUUUUAAGUGCGAUGUGAUGAAACUAGAUAGUUAGUUGUGGUACAAAAUUAUUAUUUACAGUCAGAGCAGGAAGAAUAUUUUAGAAAUGUAGACCCUGAAACCUCCUCUACGACCCUAACACUGAAGGUCAUUAGCAUAUGAAAAACAACCUCCACAGACCACGCCCCCUACAGGUUUCAGCCACUUCAAGUCCACUUAACCUCACCAGCAAUUAAAACUGAAGAAGAUGUUUUCUAAAGAGUAAAACUAGUCCAGUUGAACCCAGAAGAACUACCAAGAAGAACCAUGACCUGGGCAAAUGAGAACUUGAGACAAAAUGUUGAGAAACAUUAAGUAAAACCAUCUCUGAGGCAUUUUGGAAACAAAGAUAACAAUUUAAACCAAACUAACCAAUGCAAUGAUAUUUAUCCCAAUGAGAUGUGAUGAAAGUAGAUGGUUAGUUGUGGUAGAAAAUUAUUAUUUACAGUCAGAGUAGGAAAAAUAUUUUAGAAAUGUAGACCCUGAAACCUCUUCUACGACCCUAAGGUCAUUGCAUAUGAAAAAACAACCUCCACAGACCACGCCCCCUACAGGUUUAAGCCUAUAAGUCCAUUUAACCUCACCAGUAAUUGAAUCUAAAGAUGUUUUCAAAAGAGCAAAACUAGUCCAGUUGAACCCAGAAGAACUACCAAGAAGAACCAUGACCUGGGCAAAUGAGAACUUGAGACAAAAUGUUGAGAGACAUUAAGUCAAAACCAUCUCUGAGGCAUUUUGGAAGUAAAAACUAACCAAUGCAAUGAUAUUUAUCCCAUAAUAUAAAACUAUAUUCUGACAUUAGUCAUUAUUGUUUUGUAUCCCAGACUCCUGUUAGAAAAGAAACACCUGAAUCCAACAUGUCCACAUACUUUUGUCCACAUAUUCAUGCUCCAUAUCCAGUUUUCUUCAAAUCAAAGGUCUUGAAAGUUUCCCAAAACAUUAACAUAAUAUCUGGCCAAAAGAAAAGCAGCUGUUGAUGUGUCAGAUGACAGGUUAGAUUUGAUCGGAGCCUAAACGUGCAGCUGUAAACCAUCUCAUGCUGGUCUGGAUUUUUUUUUUCAUGGUCCGACCUUAACAUUUUAAACAGUAAAUUCUGAGUAGGAGUUUUACUUCAAAGCUAAACAGAUAUUCCUGGUUCUUAUUUUGCUGUCACCGCUCAGGUUGUGCCAGUUUUAUGUUUUGUUUGAUCAGUUGUACAAUUCAACUAAAGGCUGUUGUUGCUGUUGAAGGACACAGUGGAUCAUAUUCAUUAGAACAGCAGCCUUGUCUUGUCCAGGAUGGGAAUCCUAAUGCUAUUGGCAACAAUAAUUCAGUAUUAAUGCGUCCAGUCACGGAAAUAUACUAAAUGUAACAUGUUGCUAUAAUGUGGGGGUCUCAAACAUGCGGCCUGGGGGCCAAAUGUGGCCCGCCAAAGGUUCCAAUCCGGCCCGUGGGAUGAAUUUGCAAAGUGCAAAAAUUCCACAGUCAAGGCUGUGGAACUCAUUUUAGUUGC